AUCAUUGGAGCCGAAUUCGACGACCCGUAUCUGCGUAAACAAACGGCGUUCCCAGGCUUCACCAUCAUGCAGUGUGCUGCGUAUUUGGAGCGCAAACCUACGAGGGCACUACAGAUCGGACUGGGUAUUGGUACAGUCCCGAGCUUCUUACGAGAAAUGGACAUCCCUACAGAUGUGGUGGAGAUUAGUGAUGCAGUGGUGACUCAAGCUGCAGACUACUUUCAGUAUGAAUGGUGCUCUAUAGGUGAAGAGGACGAGUGUCCUAAAGGCAGAACGUUCGUCAUGGAUGGAUUGAAAUUCCUGGCUAGUAAGCCAGAGGAUCUUGACGUGGAAACCGAGGAGGAGAAUCCAUACGAUCUCUUCAUUGUGGACGUGUAUACUGGCUGGAAUCCCUUCGCAUUCUUCCUUCGCGAAGAAAUGCUGCGUAUCCGUGAAAAUUGGUUGACAACCGAUGGAGUUUUGGUGAUGAAUUUUGUUGGAUACAUGCAAGACCCACGAGCAGCGGCGCCGAAGUCAAUCUACCGUACGCUUCAGAGUGUGUUUAAGCAUGUCAAGUGUUUUCGAGAGAUGGAGGAACCAGACGAACCCGAUGCAGCCAACAUCGUAUUUUACGCUUCGGACAAACCAUUCGACUUUAAUCUGCCGUCCACAGGCGUGUACAAGAACCCUCCAGCACAUACUUUCUUCAGUGUGGUGAAAAAAUUCCCCGACUGGGAGAUUUUCACGGAACUAAAAUCUGACGUGGAAGUUGCGAUCCACCAAGAAAUAGAUGACGAAGAAGUGCGUUUUGUGUCGACUGACAAGACUCAAACUUCUGCACGCAUCUUAACCGAGGCCGAUCACGGCCAAGAAGAUUUCCGUGAGAUCCAUGCCGAGACACAGGCUCACAUGCGUCAACGUGUUCUGGACCAAUUCCCUCCUGCACUCUGGGAAGAAUUCAAGCAGAUAAAAACCACGAAGUAGAAAAAAAAUCUACUAACAUGUUAAUCUGUACAGAUUUUGAGUAAAUUCCUAC